UUUUCAUUUUUAUUAUACCGACCGUAAACCUCUCACCUUAUCCCCAUCCUCUUCAUCCUCACUCACCUUCUUCAAUCUUCACCAUCAUAACAAUGGCCUGUUCUUCUUCAUUCAUAGGCAUCUCCUCCAUAUUCCACAAAAACCCAUCCCUAGAAAUACUCUCCACAACAAAAUUCUCCACUUUACAUCUUCCCCAUUUCACUUCCCUAAAAUCUGCCUCUAGACCCCACCAUAACACCGCCGGCGCAACUGGUGGUUCUGGGUUCGUUACGGCGGCGACUGCCACCCCCAAUAAUAUUCUAACUGAGAAGGCCUUCGGUGUGUUUGACGAAGACAAUUUGUAUGAUGAUGAUGAUGAUGAGUCUGAGGUUAAAUUUGAUGAAGAUGGUGGUGGUGAUGGUGAGCUUGCUGUUAGUAAAUUGGGUUUGCCUCAAAGGCUAGUUCAGAGUCUUGAGAAAAGAGGGAUUACUAGUCUGUUUCCAAUUCAGCGAGCCGUAUUGGUCCCUGCACUAGAAGGUAGAGAUAUAAUCGCACGUGCCAAAACUGGAACAGGGAAGACAUUAGCUUUCGGUAUUCCUAUAAUCAAAAGACUUACCGAAGACGAUGAAGCAAGAAUUUCUCCAAGGCGCACUCAACGACUUCCGAGAGUUUUAGUACUUGCACCUACAAGGGAAUUAGCAAGGCAAGUAGAAACAGAGAUUAAAGAGUCUGCCCCGUAUUUGAGCACCGUUUGUGUGUAUGGUGGUGUGUCGUAUACUUCACAACAAAAUGCAUUGUCUCGUGGGGUCGAUGUUGUGGUUGGCACGCCCGGAAGACUUAUCGAUUUGAUCGGAAGUAAUAGCCUAAAGUUAGGGGAGGUUCAGUUCUUGGUUCUUGAUGAAGCUGAUCAAAUGCUCGCUGUUGGUUUUGAGGAAGACGUUGAACAUAUUUUAGAGAAGCUUCCGUCAGAGAGGCAAAGCAUGCUUUUCUCAGCAACUAUGCCCGGUUGGGUCAAGAAACUCUCGAGGAAAUAUUUGAAUAAUCCGUUGACAAUUGAUCUAGUUGGCGAUCAAGAUGAAAAGCUAGCAGAGGGUAUCAAGCUGUAUGCUAUACCAACGACCACAACGUCAAAACGGACGAUACUUGGUGAUCUUGUCACGGUGUAUGCAAAGGGUGGGAAGACCAUUGUUUUCACUCAAACAAAAAGGGAUGCCGAUGAGGUAUCUAUGGCGUUGACUAAUAGUAUUACUUCUGAGGCGUUACACGGUGACAUAUCGCAACAUCAAAGGGAAAGAACCUUGAAUGGAUUUCGACAAGGAAAGUUUACUGUGCUUGUUGCUACCGAUGUUGCUUCUCGUGGCCUUGAUAUACCCAACGUUGAUUUAGUUAUCCACUAUGAACUACCAAACGAUCCCGAAACUUUUGUGCACCGAUCUGGUAGAACGGGGCGUGCAGGGAAGGAAGGCACAGUCAUUUUGAUGUUCACAAAUAGUCAGAGGAGAACAAUUAGAUCUCUUGAGCGUGACGUAGGAUGCAAGUUCGACUUCAUAAAUCCGCCAGCUGUGGAAGACGUAUUGGAAUCUUCCGCUCAGCAAGUUGUUGCUACCCUAUCAGGUGUCCAUCAAGAGUCCAUACAGUUCUUCACUCCAACCGCACAAAAACUUAUUGAAGAACAGGGUGCAAGCGCUCUUGCUGCAGCCCUGGCACAGUUGAGCGGUUUCUCAAAGCCUCCGUCAUCCCGUUCUCUUAUCUCACACGAUCAGGGAUGGACUACGUUGCAACUGACUCGGGAUCCUGCUUUAUCAAGAGGAUUCAUGUCAGCUAGAACGGUUACUGGAUUCUUGGCUGAUGUUUAUAAAACCGCUGCUGAUGAACUCGGAAAAAUACAUAUAAUUGCAGAUGAAAUGGUUCAGGGAGCGGUCUUUGAUCUUCCGGAAGAGAUUGCGAAAGAGCUACUAAACAAGGACUUGCCACCUGGCAACACUGUUACAAAAAUCACAAAGUUGCCUGCAUUGCAAGAUGAUGGUCCGGCGGGUGACUUUUACGGUAGGUUUUCUAACAAGGAGAGAAGUUCACGAGGGGGAGGUUCUAGAAGGGGUGGUUGGGGUAGCAGUGGCGGCAGUCGGUUCUCUUCAAAUGAUGAAGGGGAUAGCUUCAGGCGAGGUGGUAGGAGUGGCGGCAGAGGCGGCUCUAGAAGUGGUGGAGGAAGUGAUUGGUUAAUUGGUGAAAGACGAUCUUCACGCUCUCCUUCCUUUGGGACUAGGGGCUCUGGCUCUUCAUCUCGGACUAGAGACAGAAACUUCGAUGGGGCAUGUUUCCACUGUGGACGGUCUGGGCACAGGGCAUCUGAAUGUCCCAGUAAGCAAGAUUACUAGUUUGCCCCUUUUUCCUAUUUAGAGCCCAAACGUUCAUAGAUCUGUCUUAGCCAUCGCUGCUCGUUUAAAAGAGGUACGAAGGCUGACUGACAAGAAACAAAAAUGGUACGCGUGGUGGAUGCUGAAAGUAAGGUCUUUAGGUGGCAGCAGCCCUCUUUUACCUGAUAUUUUAGCAGCAUUUUUGAUAUCAUGAUUUGUCCAACUUAAUUAUAACAUUUAUUUAUUGCUCGAGUGUGAGUAGUCUCUCUUUUUAGAAAUUGGAAGUUAAGAUUUGCGUUUAUUGCGCGUCGCUUCCCAUAACAAAACGAAGCAACUAGUAGUAUACAGAUUUUUGCGGAUGAUGAUAAAGUUGAUUGUGCUUA